GACCGCAGGUGGGGUGGGCGGGGCGGCAUUAGUCACCAGCCCGCCGCCUGCCUGUGCGCUUCGUUCUCCCCGCGGGGCUCUCCUUGCCGGCUCUGUCCCCGCGCCCGCGUCCGCCCGGUUCCCUAUGGGCAGAGUUGCUGAGACGCCGGUGAAGCCCCAAGAGCGCGCGGGGCCGCAGUCGCGCGGGAAUUAGGAUCCCGACCUUGCUGAGUGCUGUGUCGCCCGCCCACCCAGCAGAAGCGUCGGGGCAGUGGCACCAUGGCCUUCUCUCAGGUGCAGUGUCUGGACGACAACCACGUCAACUGGCGCUCCAGCGAGUCCAAGCCCGAGUUCUUCUACAGCGAGGAGCAGCGGCUGGCCCUGGAGGCCCUGGUGGCCCACGGCCGCGAGGCCUUCUACGAGGUGCUGAAGCGCGAGAACAUCCGUGACUUCCUCUCGGAGCUGGAGCUCAAGCGCAUCCUGGAGACCAUCGAGGUGUACGACCCGGGCUCGGAGGACCCGAGGGGUGCCAAGUGGCCCCGGGGGCCCGAGGACAAUGGGGUUGGUGACAGCGAGGAGGCCAGCAGGGGAGGUGGGACCCCCACCGAGGCCGAGCCACCGCCCUCUCUGGAGUACUGGCCCCAGAAGUCCGACCGAUCCAUCCCGCAGCUGGACCUGGGCUGGCCCGACACCAUUGCCUACCGCGGUGUGACCCGGGCCAGCGUCUACAUGCAGCCCCCCAUCGAUGGGCAGGCCCACAUCAAAGAGGUGGUGCGAAAGAUGAUCAGCCAGGCCCAGAAGGUGAUCGCCGUGGUCAUGGACAUGUUCACUGACGUGGACAUCUUCAAGGACCUGCUGGAGGCCGGCUUCAAGAGGAAGGUGGCCGUGUACAUCAUCGUGGAUGAGAGCAAUGUCAAGUACUUCCUGCACAUGUGUGAGCGGGCCCGCAUGCACCUGGGGCACCUCAAGAAUCUCAGGGUGCGGAGCAGCGGGGGAACAGAGUUCUUCACACGGUCGGCCACCAAGUUCAAGGGUGCCCUGGCCCAGAAGUUCAUGUUCGUGGAUGGAGACCGGGCCAUCUGCGGCUCCUACAGCUUCACGUGGUCGGCCGCGAGGACAGACCGCAACGUGAUCUCCGUGCUGUCUGGCCAGGUGGUGGAGAUGUUUGACCGGCAGUUCCAGGAGCUGUACCUCAUGUCCCACGGUGUCAGCCUCAAGGGCGUCCCCAUGGAGAAGGAGCCGGAGCCAGAGCCCAUCGUGCUGCCCUCCAUGGUACCACUGGUGCCCUCGGGCACGGUAGCCAAGAAGCUCGUCAACCCCAAGUACGCGCUGGUCAAGGCCAAGAGUGCCGACGAGAUCGCCAAGACCUCCUAUGAGAAGCAGGAGGGGAAGAAGCCCCCGGGGCUGCGGGGCGCGGCGCUGGCCGAGCGGCCGGGAGACCUCGCCGAGGCGCCCCCACCUAUCCACCCUGGGCUGCUCAACCUGGAGCGGGCCAACAUGUUCGAGUACCUGCCCACGUGGGUGGAGCCGGACCCGGAGCCUGGCAGUGACAUCCUGGGCUACAUCAAUAUCAUCGACCCCAACAUCUGGAACCCCCAGCCCAGCCAGAUGAACCGCAUCAAGAUCCGAGACACUUCCCAAGCUGGCACCCAGCUGUGGAGGCAAAGCCAGGACUGUGGCCCCACCCCCGGGCCCGGUGCCCCCGAGGACAGGGUCCCAGCUGAGAACGCUAAGAACGGCCUUCCCCAGGGGGACCCUGAGCCACAGCCCCCCGUGCCCAAGCCCCGGACAGUCCCUGUGGCAGAGCUGCUUGCCCAGCACGGCGGCGACGGUGUGGACUGGGCCCUGGAGGCCCCAGGGGAGGAGACGCCCCAGAAUGGGACAGACCAUGAGCCGCCCAGGACACCGGGCCCAGGCCAUGCCCCACUCCAGCGGCAGGUGUCUGUGACCCAGGAUGACCCUGACGGCCACGGAGCGGUGAUCCCCAAUGGGCUAGAUGGGGACGAGGAGGAAGAUGAUGAUGACUAUGUGACCCUCAGUGACCAGGACAGCCUCUCAGGCAGCUCUGGCCUUGGCCCUGGCCCCCGGCGGCCCUCGGCGGCCUCCUCUUCUGUGUCAGACGAGUACUUUGAGGUGAGGGGGCGCUCAGCCCCUCUGCAGAGGCGCCACUCGGAGCAGGUAGCCAACGGGCCAGCCCAGCCCCCCCGACGACAGCUGAGUGCCCCCCACAUGACCCGCGGGACCUUUGGUGGACCCCUGGGUGGCUCGCCGUGGGUCCCAGGUCGGGAGAGAGAAGAGGCGGGUACUCCAAGGAGGAUGCAGGCUCCGCACUCCACGGACAAGGAGACCCAGGGCCAACAGAUCCCCCAUUAUAGAGUCCCUGCCUCGGGGACCAGGGAUAAAGAUGGCUUCCUGCGGCCCGUGAGGACCUCGGGACCCCCGCGGUACCGCGCUGCGGCUGCCGAUGGCACCCAGAGCUCUACCAGGAAAGCGAGCCCAGCCGUAACAAGCACGUACCCCUGGCAGGCCAAGGCUGGCCCCGUGCCCCGCACGCUGGCAGAUCCCGGGACUCCAAGGCAGGCCCGAAAUGCCAGCCCCCAGGCCGAUGGCAGGGUCGCUGAAGAGCAUCCAAGUCCUUUUGGAAUCCCCUACUCCAAACUGUCCCAGUCAAAGCACCUGAAGGCCAGGACGGGCAGCGGCCAGUGGGCCUCAUCUGAUUCUAAACGGAGGGCCCAGGCCCCCCGGCACCACAAGGAACCCUAGCACCCUGUCCCUGGGCCUGGAGCCGUGCAGUCCGUGGCCUGUGCCCCAGCCCAGACUCACCAUGCAGGUGUUCCUGGGGCCGCGCCAGGGAUCGGCAGAUGGGCCGCCCAGACUCUCCAGGGCCCAUCCCGGAAGGCAGGAAGGUAGGGCGGGUGGCGACAGCGACACUCACCUGGUCAGUGCACCAGUACCAGGUGGCCAUGAUGGUCAGACCGAAGGUCAUCCCAGUCCACGGGAGGUCCCCUGUGUGGGGGUCUCGGAACAUGUGCAUGGCGUCUGCACGGGGCAGGUGGCAGGUCGUGUUUGCGAUGGUCCUGGAUGGGACGGCCUGGGCGUAGGCUGCCGCCAGCUGCUCAUAGCCGCCGAUCUGGUCAAAGGCUGGAGGGGUCGGGGUGGGACGGGGACGGGCUGGUGGCCGAUGGCCCUGACUCCGGGCCCCCACUUCCCGAUGCACCAAACUUGACUUUUUCCCAUCCACCUUUCCCAGGGUCUGGAGAGGCGUGGAGGGUAGAGGGUUUUCCAGAACAGGGGAAUUCAAAUGACUAUUUUAUCUGUAUUUAAAAAUAAUACUGUUAAAUGAGCAUUUUGCACGUGGA